ACACACACACACACUGUUCAAACGGCUCUAACGGCCUCGGGGCCGCAGGGUGGAGGUGGGCGGGGUUAGAGUGCACACCUGACGGCCAGGCCCCGCCCCCCGCGCCCCACUCCGCUCUCCGUGUUGUUCGUGGAGUGUCUCCCGCAUCCUGUUAGUUUAGUUUGACACGUUCACGUCAAACACGCAGCUCAGAGUUCACGCUCACACGCGGGAUUAAGACGAUGGCUGACAGCUGAAACCUGCCGACCGACCGCGCGACGCUCAACAGGUAACAUGAUGGAGGUGGCAGGUCCCUGGACAGAAGUAUUCGAGGGCUCGGAGAUGAAGGAGCAGCCCGGACGAGCUGAGACGCUGCUGGGGAGCUCCACCCUGACCCUGGCUCCUCUGGUGGACGACUCUCCGUCCAUAAGCCGCUCCCAGCCCAUCCUCAUCCGCACAAACAGGUCAAAAGCCGCAGAGUCGUUCUCCUCGUCCAUACCGAACCCCUUUCCAGAGCUGUGCAGCCCGUCCAAGUCUCCGGUGCUCAUCGGUUCACUUCCACCACAGUCCAGCGACAAACAUCUGAUCAAGGUGUACGGAGAGGACAGCCAUAGCAGGUCGGUGUGGGUUUCUCCAGCGGCUACAGCCAGAGAGGUUUGCCACAUGUUGGUGCAGACGGCUCACUGCAGCGAUCAGGAGAACUGGGCUCUGCUUGAGCUCCACCCCACCCUGGGCUUCGAGAGAUGUCUGGAGGACCACGAGGUCGUGCUGGAGGUUCAGGCGACCUGGUCCCUCAAAGGUGACACCAGGUUCGUUUUCUGCAAAAACUACGCCAAGUACGAGUUCUUCAGGAAGCCGAUGCUCUUCUUCCCGGAGUGCAUGAUCUCCGACAGCGCCGACGUCAGCAAGGGGAUGACGUCGUCAGAGCUCAUCCAGAACCUGCUGAAGUCUGGGACGUGUCCGGAGAUUCAGGGCUUCCUGCACCUGAAAGAGCCGAGCCGUAAGGCCUGGAAGAAGGUCUACUUCUUCCUGCGACGCUCCGGACUCUACUACUCCGCCAAAGGCUCCUCCAAGGAGCCCCGACACCUUAAUUGUGUGGCUCAUCUGGACGAUUUGAACGUGUACGCUGUGGUGAACAGCCGUAAGCUGUACGGAGCGCCUGCAGACUUCACCUUCUGUAUCAAGCCGUCCAGGAACCCCGUUCGCACUCAGGACCUGAAGAUUUUGUGCGCUGAGAGCGAGCAGACGCGAACUUGUUGGACGUCUGCGUUCAGAUUGUUCAAGUACGGGAAGCAGCUUCAGUGUAACUACCAGUUAUCCAAGUCGGCCCCUCGAAGCCUGGAAGGAUCCCGACUGUCAGAUGGCAAAUCGAAGUCGGAGGCGAGCCUGGUGGCCAUGGACUUCUCUGGGAAGGCCGGCGGACGCGUGAUCCAGAACCCGACGGAGGCCCAAAGCGCAGAGAGGGAGGAGGGACAAGCUUGGAGGAGGAGGGAGGCCCUGAGGUGCAGUCUGCCCAACCUGAACUCUGGAGCGAGACCUUCCUCCAUCCACAAGUCCCAGCCGUGGUUUCAUGGCGGAGUGUCCAGAAAGGAAGCGCAGAGGCUGAUAGAGAAGCAGGGCCUGGUGGACGGGAUGUUCCUCAUCCGUGAGAGCCAGCAGCACACGCAGUGCUUCGUCCUCUCGCUGUGCUACAAGCUGAAGACCAAACAUUACCUGGUCAUCCCCUGCGAAGACAGCGGCAGGAAGUACUUCACCAUGGACGACGGUCUGACGCUCUUCAUCGACCUCCUUCAGCUGGUGGAGUUUCACCAAAUCAACAAGGGCAUCCUGCCCGUCUGCCUCAAACACCCCUGCGUCUGUGUAGCACUGUGAACCCUUUGCGGUCCACGAUCGUCGCCUGAUGUAAAGUCUAAAGUGUGAACGCGCCGUCAGAUUGUGUCGGUAUCUGUCAGGCACAGGCAAUAAAGAGCAAUGAGACGACGGAGCGGUGCAAAGGUGUGUGAUCAUGUGAUAAGAUAAAGACGUGGACUUCUGGGAAGUGACAUGAAGCAUGCUGUCCUCCUCCUCCUCCUCCUCCUCCUCCUCCUCCUCGCUUUAGUAUUUUUAAUUAUUUUGACUCCACGUGCAGCUCCAGACAUCCAGAGAGCGUUUUUUUAACUCAAAUUAACGAGCUGCCGUCCCCGUGGUGACAGACGUUUAAGCUCUUUCUGCGUCGUGACGUGCACUUUGAUUCAGGUCCACGGGGAGAGGUGGAGGGACGAGGAGGGACGAGGAGGAGACGUUUGACUGUGGCUGAAGAACCGAUGGACUGUGGCCACCAGAUGGCGCUCUGAGUCAAAGCUCGGCAGAGGAGUUCACAGGAAGUGAACAUGUAGCUAUGAAGAUAAUUGUGAUAUUUUAAUGAUGGAAACAUCCCAGGUUGCAACCAUGUAGCAUGAAAAACUCUCACUCUUCUGACUGUUUGACUCUUUUGUACAUUUAACUUCUCAUUCGUGCCUUUCAGAGACAGUUUCACCUGUUAAUUAGAACAAAGUACGAAUAUUUAAUCGCUAUAUUUGCACAGUGAAGUGAUGGUGAAGGGGCAUUGCAUUAAACAACCAAAUAUCUGAACAUGAACAUGUGUUUUGUGAGGGUGCAUUAACAUUCGCUGAGUAAACUGUGGUUAAAGUUACCUUAUUUUACAUGUUCCUCAUAAUUUCCCUGAAAGUUUCCUGUUGAUUCUCAGUGAAACAGAGACGAUAGUCUUUUUGAACAGCAGGUCAGACGUCGAUGAAGGCUGAAAUUAUAAAUUCAUAUCUGCUUGUGUUUAGAUGGAGCAAAAUAUUCCUAUUUUUCCUCUGAUUAACACCAAACGUCAUUUACGACCAGCUCAUUUUUCUCAGAGGUUAUUGGGAAAGAGUCUCUGACCUUUUUUUGUUAUCGCUGUUUCCUUUUUGAAUAUUUGCACUUCCUGCUUUCUGCAUUUUGAUCGUGAAGAUCCGGAGCAAAAAUGUCAAAAUAUUUGUCGUCAUUCAUUCAGUCCAGAGUUUACCGUCGUCCCACAUUUUUGUUUUAAUCUAACAGGGUUCGUUUGUUUUAUAUGGACCUGUUUUUAUU